AUGGCCACCAAUUCCACUAUGGCUGUCAUCACUGAAGCGGGAAGAGCCCGGAAGGAGCACAAUACUCAGAGUUUGCCUUUCGUCAGCUACGAUGGCUCGAUCGAUCGGGAGAAGGCUGUUAUGAUGUCUCCCGCACCUCCGCCGGCUCAGAAUACCCGAGUCCCCACGGCGCACUUGACUGGUGUCCGCUCCGUUACCCCUGUGACGUCUAGACGCAAGGAAUGGUCUCGUGCUAGCAGUGGCGUUGUUGCUGGAUCUCGCAGCACGAGGAAGUCCGCUGGAUAG